AUGGUGGAGUGCACAACUAGAAACGGCGAAUUCAGAGAGCAUUGCGAUCUUCUAGAAAUUCCCACAGACUUGACGAUCUCUUGUAGUAAGGGUUUUCGUAGAAUCUGA